AGAAACAUGGCAAGAACCAAGCAAACCGCCCGUAAAUCUACCGGAGGUAAAGCUCCCAGGAAGCAGCUGGCCACCAAGGCUGCGCGGAAGAGCGCGCCUGCCACCGGCGGCGUGAAGAAGCCUCACCGUUACAGGCCCGGUACCGUGGCUCUGAGAGAGAUCCGUCGCUACCAGAAAUCCACGGAGCUGCUGAUCCGCAAGCUGCCCUUCCAGCGCCUGGUGAGAGAGAUCGCUCAGGACUUCAAGACCGACCUGCGCUUCCAGAGCUCCGCUGUCAUGGCUCUGCAGGAGUCCAGCGAGGCUUACCUGGUCGGCCUCUUCGAGGACACCAACCUGUGCGCCAUCCACGCCAAGAGAGUCACCAUCAUGCCCAAGGACAUCCAGCUGGCCCGCCGCAUCCGUGGAGAGAGAGCUUAAACUCUGCUGCUCCACUAACCUUCACCACAACGGCUCUUUUAAGAGCCACCUCACUCUAGACUCUAGACCACAUACCUCUGAAUUUUUUUUUUUUUAUGUGUUCAUAUUGUUCCUAACUUUUAUUGUCAAAUACAGACAAGGUUCCAUAAUGACAAUUUUAUGAAGCAUUAAUUAUUUACCCAUUUUACUUUAUUAUCUGACAGGAGCUGUGGAAUUUGUAACUCUUGCACUCAAUUUACUUUGAAUCAAUAGGAAUAAAUCAAAUAAAACAUGUCUGGCUUCCAGGUCAGACAUUUUCUAUUAA